AUGACGAACAAUUGUAAUAAUUUCAGACGACUGCCAGUAAAUAAUGCAUCAGCACCCUCAUUCUCUUCUGGCAAUGAAAAUAACAUCAGUGCAAAUACAUACUACUAUCAGUAUCCUCAACAGACAUCAAACCACAAUAAUACAGAUUGUAUUACUGCCCCUCCACCCUAUGACACCAUGAGCCAGUAUCAAUAUUCUUGUCAGCCACAAGCACAGCAACAACAACUGUCACUAAGUACCAGUCCAACUCCAACUCCAAGUACAUCAUGGACCUCUGAGAUGAACGCAUUAGCACAGAAAAUCAAAGACGACGUAACUAAAACUUUUCUAUCGAAGAGUAGUAAAAAGACAUUGUCAUCAAGCUCGAUCAGCAACACAACAGUAGACAGGCACAGUAUAUCGCAAGGUAUGAAACUCGUUUCUAUUGCCGCCGAUGAAUAUGAAAGUGGAAACGAAGCCGUUGCUCUUGGUGUUUAUUUGACUGGCGUAGAUAAGAUACUCAUGGCGUUACCAAAUAAAACUGAUACAAAGACAAAGUUGGCAAUCAAAAAGAAGCUGCAAAGUGUUGAGGAGAGAGUUGGCUUAUUCGCAAUCGCUAACCUACAGAAAGCAUCGAAUAACGAUCACAAUACAAAGGAUGCAAGUACCAAUAUAACAGUACAAGUACAAUCUUUACUCUUAUCGCGUCUUACACAUACAAUAAGCACGAUUACCAACAAGGCGUAUCAAAAAUCCUCAACAACGGCUCCAUCAACUACCAACGAUAACGCAAACUGUGAAUCGAGUAAAGGCGCAUCUAGGAUCACUACGUCAACAACACAUAUGCAUGAUUCUGAACAGCAAGAUUCAAUGGUGCGAUUUAAACGGCUCGGGCAAUACAUGAUAGAUUUCACAGUAGCUUGUGCUAUUAUCAUAAAAAAAUCACCCAUUCCAGGGAUUCUUUCGUUCUUUUUUGGAUAUAUGGUCCAAAUCUUCCUUUGGAUGGAUGCACAAUACCAUGUCAUUCAUAAAGCACAGAACUUCAGUAUUCGUUGCCUGAAAUUCGGUCUAGAGGCAGAUGAAAAGUACAGAUUGCAUGAAUUUAUUGCUGAGGGAUUUUAUAUGUUGUUCGCUGCAGGUCUGAAAGCAGCCAUUGCAUACAAAGAAACCCCAUGUUAUACAUAUGAAAGUAAUAUUGCUGCUAAUGCAGCGAGUGCUGAACCUGAUUCAUUUGAACCAACCAGUUCUUAUGUAUGCACCGAUGGAGAAUCAUUCAAUAACUGUCCUAAAUUACCAGCAGAGACUUUUUUCAAAAGAAAUGAUACACUAUCACAGUCUUGGACACGACUAUUCAACAAGAAUAGCCAUGAAUAA